AUGGCAUCCACUGAUAAGCCUGACCCUGAGGCCAUCAAGUCCGAGGCACUACCCCCACCUGCAGCUCCUCCUUGCCGUUCUUUCAACUGUUCUUACGUUGACGUUGCUCUCAGGGUCUUGUUAUUUGCAGCCGCUGUGACUGCUGUCGUGGUCAUGGUCACUGCAAAGCAAACCAAGGUUGUUCCUCUGCCUGGAUCGUCUGUUACAGCUCCUGUCGAAGCCAAAUUUAGUGACUCCCCAGCAUUUAUAUACUUUGUCACGGCAUUAAGCGUUGCUGGCUUGUAUAGUAUCCUUACAACCCUUGCAUCUGUUUCAAUCAUCUUGAAGCCAGCUUAUGCAACAAAGUUCUUGCUCCAUUUUGUUUUUUCGGACGUGCUGAUGUUGGGAAUAGUAGCCUCGGCAACUGGUACAGCAGGGGGCGUAGCAUACGUGGGAUUGAAGGGCAAUAGUCAUGUAAGAUGGGGUAAGGUGUGCAAUGUCUAUGAUAAAUUCUGUCGACAUCUUGGAAGCUCCAUUGCCGUUGCAUUGUUCGCUUCGGUUCUGCUUGUUUUGCUCACCAUGCUCUCCGUCUUCUCCAUCUACCGAAAGAUCCCUAAGUAG